CUCAAUGUUCUAUGCCUUACAAUAGCAUUGGCAUCCCUCUAGCAUCGUUGUCUAACAGAAAAUGGCUUCAACUGUAGUACCAUAUAUGAGUUUCUAUGCCCACACUUCAUCUGGCAGAAUGAACAAAUUUUCCAAUGUCAAAUUGCUACCAGUGUCAAGCACAAGGAAUAGAACUUUCAGCUACAGUGUAAAGGCUAUGGCAGGAGGUGAAGCGAGUUUGCAGAAGUCAAAUCAGCACCAGCAGCAAGUGCAGCCAAAGAUGAAGGUGCCACAAGGUUCACCUAAAGUGCUGCUGAACCAGUUUCCUGUAGCAAGGACUGUGCAGCAAAUGAUGGAUACAAUGGAGAGGAUGGGGGAGGAUCUCUUGGUUUAUGGUAGAACUUCACCUGUGAUAGUUGCGGGAGAUGAUGAAUACAGUAAGGGGAAGAUUCCUUGGGCAAUAAAGGAAGGCCAAAAAGAUUACAAAAUGAGAUUCAACAUGCCAGGAAUGAACAAGAAUGAUGUCAAGGUAUGGGUAGAAGAGAACAUGCUGGUGGUGAAGGCAGAGAAGGCACUCGAAGAGAAUCAUGAAGGUCGAGCAAAUGGCAAUGAAGACUGGCCUGCCAAUAGCUAUGGUAGAUAUAACCACAGGAUAGCCCUCCCAGAAAAUAUUGAGUUUGAUAAAAUUAAGGCACAGGUCAAAGAUGGGAUUCUUUAUGUAACAAUUCCUAAAUCCAGCACCUCUGCAAAAAUAAUUGGCAUAGAUGUACAGUAACUAUAAGCUCAUAAUAAAGUUUGUUCACGGCUACAUUUAAGA